AUGAAAAGUAUUGAGGAAGAAUUUGUUUUCUUCCUUUUUAGCUUCAUUAUGAUAGUGUCAGAGGCAGCAUAUCCAGUUUUAGUUCUUACCUGAGACGAACCAGAAGACGACAUGUCCAACAACGGCAUAACUAACAUGAGGCAGAUGAUGGUGGUCAUCUCCACAGUGGAAGAAUGGUCCUGUCUGAAGUCUCUGCUGGAGGAAAGUACCGGGGAUAAGCAGGAUCGGAUAUCCUUUAGUUCAGAGGGAGCAAAUCAAAUCUGUGACAUAGCAGUAGAGGCUCGAUCGAUCAGCUUUCACUAUGCAGAUUUAAAGCAAGACAUGACAGAGGAGGACAUCUGCAAGGCAUCAGAGGCCUGUUUUAGGUCUUGUCCAGAAGGAAUCAGUACAUUUCUCCUGCUGAUCCAAGGUGGAAAUUACACAAAGUGGCAUAAACGACUGAUAGAAAUCCUGAAGAGCCACUUUGGAGCUGAGGCUCUUGAAUACUUGGUGGUUCUUUCUCUUGAUGACGGUAAACUGGUCGACACCUUGGAUGACGCCCUGCUGGAGUUAAUCAACAUUUGCAAUGGCCGAUACUGUCGCCUCAGGUCGUCUGCCGCAGGCGACACUCUGCUUGCGCUGUUCGAGAUGGUCGACUUCAUGCUGGCCGGAAACGUCAGCGCGACCGGUUACACUGAGAACAUGUUGGACGAAGCCAAGAAGACGAGCACAGAGGACUCGGCCAUGAAGAUGCUGAAGGAGAAGGUCCGAGAGGCAGAGGAGAAAGAGAGGAUGUUCAAGCAGCUGGUUCUAGAGCAUGAGGAGAGGAGGGCCAAGGAGAUGGAGGCUCUGAGGACCAAGCAUAAUGAGGAGAGAAGGAAGGAGGCAGCUGAGAAGAACAAGUACGAAGCAAAGAGAGAGAGUCUGGAGGAGGCCGUGAUGAGCCACAGAGCCCUGGUCCAAGUCCAGAUGACCGCAGCUGAUGAUGAUGACUCUCAGAGGAUGUCAGUGGUCCUGCUGGGCCUGUCAGGCAGUGGAAAGUCUUCUGCUCUGAACCUCAUCCUGAACAGAGCAGCCAGUCGAUACUCAGCUGACGACACCGGCCACCAAGCCCCUCGGCCCACCUUAGCCUGCCAGAAAAAGGAGGUGUUUGCAUCCGGGAAGCGUCUCACCCUGGUGGACACCCCCGAGCUGUGGGAUGAGGACGGGGUGGAGAACCUGGACCUGGUCAAAGACUGCCUGGCUCUGUCCCUCCCCGGACCCCAUGUGUUCCUGGUGGUCCUCCAGGUGGGACGCUUCACCCAGGGGGAGAGCGAGAUGCUGGGGCAGCUUCAGAAAGUCUUUGGCCGAGAGUUUACAGAACACGCCGUCGUCCUGUUUGUCCGCUUUGACUGUCACGGGUUCAAGCCGCAGAGUAUCAACGACUACGUGUCCGGGGCCCACUCCACCCUCCAGGACCUGGUUCAGAAAUGUGGGAGCAGGUAUUAUGACCUGAACGUCACUAAGUCUUACAACGCUCUGAGCUUUCCUCAGGUGAAAGAGCUGCUGUCGGGGAUCAACAAACUGACGGCUGCACAUGGAGGACGCUCCUACUCAGUCAAGAGGUUCUCAACUCAGGAACUGCAGGACCGAAGGAAAGAAAUAGAAGAAGGAAAGGAGGGAGGGUUAGAGGAAAAUUACCUAUUAAGAGAUGCCUGAUUAUACACUCACAGUCAAUGAAAACUUUGAGACUAUAUUUUUUGACGUAAUUUUUAUUUUGAACCCCUAAACUGGAAUUUUUUCACAUGAAUCAUUUGUUUAGGAUAUUGGCAUACAGAAACAAAAAUAUAAAGUUUCAAGAAUAAUUUCAAAACAAAAAACUUAACAAAAGAAAAUGGCACCUGCCAAACACAAAGUCACAACAGUUAAUAACGGGUAUGGCCUCUGUUUGCUUUGAUGCAGGCGGUCUAUGGUCAGCAGAGCCUGUGGUGUUGUGGCGUUCAACCAGGUUUCUGAUUGUGGGUUAGAACAGCCCAUACAUACGCCUGGCUUUAUCACUGGAGCUCAAACUGGCCUCCACCAUACCCAGUGC